AUGGGAAAGCCAGAAAGUAAAAAUACUAUUACCCAGAUGUUCAAUUGCUUUCCAAAAUUUGCAGACGAGUUGAUGAAAUUUAGACAACUAUGGUGGGAUCAGGGUAAUAUUCACCCAAAAGCGAAUUGGGAAAACGCUCCUUUACCUUAUGAGCUUAAGUCUAAUGUUAGUUGGGACCAGUAUGCCGAACGAACCGACAAGAAUAACGUGCACGGCAUGUGGGAAUGGAAUAAUGGAAGAGUUUUCGUAUAUGAACUUCCUUCUGCACCUCACGAGUCUGCAUGUGCCGAAUUGACUCGUUUAUUUGCUUUUGCAUUAGCCGCAACAAAAGCAGAAAGUAUGGGUAAAGAAGCAGAUGGGUGUAUACGGCCAAAAAAAAAACCGGGCGUAGAUUCUGAUGGAUGUGAUGGGCUGCAUCAACCUUGGCCAAAUUUGGUAGUUGAAGUUGCUUAUUCAGAAAGUGAAGAGCAUCUUUUUGACAAAAUAAAAAAUUAUUGGCUUCGACCUAAUAGAGUACAUGAUGUUAUCGCCAUCAAAAUAGAACCUUCCAAAGCACCAGAGAUGAUUCCCUCCCGAAUGACUGCGUGGUACUUUUGCACAGAUAAUCGAAUUGCUAAUGACAAUCUUAAUCCUAUAGAAUAUGAGUUUGGAACUAUUGAUAAGUUUGGUAAUCGGCUUAAUAUUCAACCCGGACAAUGCAUUAUCAAUAUUCAGCUAGAAUGUCUCUAUAAGGGAAUGCAGUCUGACUUCCAACUUCCUACACAUGCUUUACCCAAUCCAAUCUCCAUCGACCUCUGCUACGUUCAAAGUUCUAUAUUAUCAUCCAUCAUUUGUCCGUCCUCUCAAUAG